GAUGUCCGAAGAGGGCAACAUCAUGGUUUUCUUUUGGGUCCGUAGCCAUUCUGGCUCAAGACAAGGGGUGAAUCAUGGGUUCUGGCCAUGGGUGCUGCAGCGUUCUGGCCAUGGGUGCUGCAGCGUCGGUUGAAGAUAAUGAAAUUCGCAGAUAUGUCAAGCGUAGGGGGGAUGAGCGUGUAUUAGCGUUGGACUUAUUGAAGGCGCAUCCGCAGGCGCCUUGUUCGCGUCCACUAGUUGCUCGCUUGAUUAUCGGCCGUAUGUUCAAACUGUUGGAGGAAGAUGACGAGAAAGUGGGCGCAUUGUGCGAGGAGUUCAAAGCGUCCCAUGGACAAGAUGACAAAUCACAGCAUGACUUUGCAAAGAAAUGGUUCAACACGGUAUACCAAGAUAUCUUAGGUUCGCAAUUGGAACGAGAUGCGUUGAUGGCGUUUUUGGAAGGUUUCUUUCUCGUGAAAGGCGAGCGUGGUUUUGAGCUCACGCCGGAUACGCUACAAGAAGAUGUGAUGCCAUACCAGGGAAGCAGAUUCUUUGCCUAUUUCGUCUGCUUCGUCAUGGACGAGUUCACGCGCUUGCGAAAACUAUGGGAGGAAGCGACAGUGGCAAGCCCUGAAACCAUUGUGAGCCUGUACACGAGUCCGCCCGCAGUGAGAAAUGGCGUCAUUGAAUCAGAUGCUGACCAAGAAAUCCAACCGAACGGUGAGCCCCUGUCGUUGAAGAAGCGCACUCUUGUUAUAGCUGAUGCCGCAACUAUUACCCUCGACCACUUCAAGCUGGGUAAAUAUGCUGUAGACGUGCGUGUAGAGAACCGUGCUACAGUGAAAGGGUACUUGACCGAUUGCCAUUACCAUCCUCGCGGUUUUGGCACUGAUCCUGUACCGUUGGCCACGCAAUUCGAAUGGAUGAAGGCAAAGCAGGUGUUGUUCACGACUUUGCUCGGCAUAGGGCAAAGGCUUCCUGAAGCAGCCCGUGUCCGAUAUUACAAGGCGGACGCAGCCACUCGGCUGAAAGAUCGUAAAUUCGCCGUCCGACCAUCGCCGAUUAAUGACAUGUCCAACGCUCAAGAUUAUUACCGAGAUUAUCACAACAAGCAUAUCCAACAAGAUAUACAUUUGGUAAUGAGCUAUUCCUUCUUCGACCUGAAGAGUGACCACCCAGGGCAGAAUGUGUUCAAUUUGCGCCAGGUUGACCAGGACUUCCCAGAUUUGUUCUCCGCGGCAGGGGAACUAAACAUCCAGAAGCAGGCCCUUCACAACAACGACAGAGGCAACCUGGAGGAUCUCAACGAGGAAAAGGUCACCGCGCUCCGCAACGUGUUCGCCCACCUCGAGGCACGGGACGCGCCAGCCCUGAUCCACUGCGACAUCGGCUGCGACGAGAAGAACGAGAUCACAAAGAAGGAGUCCGUUCGCAUCAAGAAAUCGAUUGGCGCGGCGGGUGCGUUCUGUUGCAGUGACUGCGGCGGCGAGGCGCAGGGCGAUGUGACCGCGCCGGCUACAGGUGCACUUCGCAGCCUCGCGAAGGCGAGAUCCGUACUUCUGAAGACGGACAUGCUGAAGAGGAAAACAUCGGACACGUCGAACCCCGACACAGCCACGCUAUCCACGCCUGCUGUUUCGCGUUUCAAGUACGCUGGCAUAAUGGAUUCGUUUUGCUCCUCUUUCACCGCCAACAAGAUCAUCUGGGCACAUUUGGGUGGUCUGUCGCUUGAGUUGAUUAAACAAGAUGUUAGGCAGCACACUGCCUUCUUGCGUCAAUUCUUGCGCAAACACCCGCACGUGUGGGUCGAUGUUAGUUGGGAUGUGAUCUACAAGUGCUAUUUCGAUGAUUACGCUGACAUGAUCGGAGAAAGCGAGGACAGCGAUGAAGAUGCACCUCCAGAAGUCAAGCAGUUGCGGCAAGAGUUUGCAAAGAACGUCGUGGAGACAUAUGUCGCCUUGUUCAACGAGUUCCCGCAUCGUUUCUUGUCUGGCACGGAUUUGGUCUGCACGCAGGAGAACGUGACAUUCGAUGUUUACGCGCAAGCUCUAAAGGAUACGGGCUUCAUAUUCAUGCUCAAGGAAGGACUUUCCGAAGAAGCAUUCAAUGGCAUUGUUCUGGGCCAGAACUAUUUGAAUGUGCAUGCCGAUCUCGAUCUGGUCUACCAAGCUCCAAAAUUAUUUUAACACGCUGGAUCAGCACAUUCUAGAUUCCCGUGCUAUAGCCUCUGUGAAGCUCUAGCUGCAACGAGAGCUCACGUGAGCGUUUGAUCAGGCAUGCCAGAUACCGCGCGCUGGAGGGCGAUCUAACAUACGCGCAGGUGUGGCGCACACCUCGCUGGCCGCACGCAGCAUGAGAGAUGCAGCAAGCCGCUGGCCACGCCGCGAGCCCCCUCGGCAGCGCGGGGGUGGUGCCGACGGGGAGGGG